GCCUGCGCGUUGCCAGGCCUCUUGGCGCAGCCCCUCGCCGAGCCGGAGUGGGCGGGGACGGCUAGCGCCUCUCUCUCCCCCUCUCUGUGUGUAUGUAUGUAUCUCAGUGGGAGAGCCGCGGCUUCCUGUCUGCGCCAACGGACCCCAACGGCUGCGGCAGGCUGAGAUAACUUCUGUGAACUCAACAAAAGGCUGUGCAGACUGUUAAUAAGCCAAAAUGCUUGGCAGAAGACCCAGGAAAAGCCCUCAGGUGAAGGGUCAGGCUGCAGCUGCUGCAAAACAGCUUGGACUUUUUGUAGAAUUUAAUCCUGAAGAGGUUAUGCUGGAUCUUGGAGAUGAUGAGGACCUAGAAGCAGAGCUGGCUGCUAUCACUGGAGAAAACUUGCCUACAGGGAAAACAAAACUUAAAGAAAAAACCCCUCUGCCAAUGGAUCAUAUUGAAAAAAUGGCUGCUGAGUGCAUGAAGGACCUGAAUGAAGAUGAUGAUGAAGGUCUGGAGGAAGAUACCGAACUUUUGGCAGAGUUGCAGGAAGUUCUAGGAGAGGAAAAUGGAAGAGAAAGCAAUGAGCAUGAAACAGAAACAAUGGAAGUAUCUUUUCCAGACACAGAAGAACAUUCUGAUCUUCAGACACAGAUGACUCCUGUUUCCAAUGAAUUACAGCAAACAAUAGAGGAAAGGAUAAGUAACUACAAGACAGCAAUACUGAAUGCGAGGGAGGCUGGCGAGAGUGCCAAAGUGCGACGAUAUGAGCGAGGCCUCAAGGCUUUAGAAGCCAUGCGAAUUGCAGUGAAGAAAGGUAAAAAAGUGAAUGCAGAAGAAAUGCCACCACCUGUAGCAUCUGGGAAGAGCUCAUUGGCAACAGUACAAGACAUUAAUCGCAAUGAUGUGCCUAAAAGCUUAGAAAAUGAAGAUGAAAUUACACCACAUGAACAAGAGGAGAAUGAAAACUCUGUAGCAGAUCCCGAAUUAAAGGAGCCCAGCAAUUUGGAAAAUUCUGAGAGUGCAACUAGUCUCCAAAGCCAGAACACAGAUAUGGAUGAUCCGGAUAUAAGUACCACUUCUGAAAACAAUUCCUCAAACUUUGCCACACGAUCACUGCUUGUGACCAGAGAGAAGGAAUAUAAAUUGGCGGCCCUGAAGGCUAAACAAAGAGGUGAUCUUGAGAAAGCGAAAGAUUAUAUGAGAACUGGGAAGAAAUUCAGUAUGGUUUUGGAAGCACUUGACAGUGGGCAGCCAGUAGAUUUGAAGAACAUGCCCCCAGCACCACAGGAACCUGAAAGUCCAGAACAGGUGCAGCCUCCGUCAGUGCAAACUGUACCUGUGGAAGUUUCGCAACCUGUGACUUCAUCAGAUGGUCCAGGUUCCCAACAGCAGCCCAAAACAGUGCUAGAAGCUUUACAGCAGAGGCUGGAGAAAUAUAAAACUGCAGCAGCUCAAGCCAAAGCAAAUGGAGACAGUCGGAAAAGCAGGAUGCAUGAGAGGAUAGCAAAGCAAUAUCAGGAUGCCAUAAGAGCCCAUAAAGCAGGGAAAAAAGUGAAUUUUGCUGAAUUGCCAGUUCCUCCUGGUUUCCCUCCAAUUCCUGGCAUGACUCCCACAGAGGAUGGUAGUACAUUUGCUGCUGUGCUGGAAAAUGCUAAUAGGCUGGUUAAGUUGGAGGAAGAGGAGCAUGACAAAGAAGAGGAUGAGCCUGAGGGUGAAGCUUCCAUGCACACUCCAGUUGCUAAAAAACCCACCCAGCUGCCUAAGAAACCAGUGCAGGUUGUUCAGCCAUUAAUAGUGUCACCUGCUGUCACUCAAGAAGAAACCUGUCCAGAGAAGGAUCAUUCUCUGUCCUCCCCUGAAACAGCACCAGAGAGGUCUGCAUCCACUGAGCACCUCUGUCCCAUCGCUAGAGAGCAUCUUGAAUUUCUGGAAAGCAGAAGGAAACAGUACCUAAAGGCUGCAAUCCAAGCAAAGAAGCAAAAUGAUCUUGAGCAAGCCAAGAUGUAUUUGAGAACAGCAAAGAGCUUGGACCCAAAGAUUGAGCAGGCAAAAAAUGGCAAGUUGGUCGACAUUUCCAAGUUGCCAUCGCCUCCAACAGAUGACGAGGUUGACUUUAUCUUCAUCCAUCAUGAGGAUGUCAGACUCUCUCAGAAAGCAGAAGAAGUUUACAGUCAGCUCAUCAAGCUCCUGAGAGACCAGCAUGAGAGAUGUGUGCAAUAUUCCAAGCAGUUCAUGCAUCUUGGAAAUGUCGCCGAAACUUCUCGCUUUGAAAAGCUGGCUCAGAAUUGUGAACGAGAUCUGGACAUCUUACGUCUUGCCCAGGCCCAGGGGCUGGAUCCCCCAAGCCAUCACUUUGAAGAGAGAACCUUUAAGAUUGUAAGGAUAUUUUCUGAGUUAAAUAGCACUGAAAUGCACCUCAUCAUUGUCAGAGGAAUAAACCUACCAGCUCCAUCAGGUGUGGCACCAAAUGAUUUGGAUGCGUUUGUGAAAUUUGAAUUUCAUUACCCUAAUACAGAACAAGCCCAGAAAAGUAAAACCUCAGUGAUUAAAAACACCAAUUGCCCAGAAUAUGAUCAGUUGUUCAAGUUGAACAUUAACAGAAAUCACAGAGGUUUCCGGAGAGCAAUUCAUACCAAAGGAAUUAAAUUUGAAAUUUUCCACAAAGGGUCCUUUUUUCGAAGUGACAAGCAAGUGGGAACAGCUAAUUUGAAGCUAGACAAACUGGAAUCUGAAUGUGAAAUUAGAGAAAUCAUUGAGGUUAUGGAUAGUAGAAAGCCUACUGGUGGAAAACUAGAAGUAAAAGUGAGACUCAGGGAACCACUUACUGGGCAAGACCUUCAAACAAUUACAGAAAACUGGCUGGUCCUUGAACAUUAAUUCCACUGAGAUCCAGGAAUGCAAGAAAGCUGCAGAAUGGACUUUAUAGAGACAUAAGAGGUUCUGCAAGCACCAAAGAUGUUCAAUGAAUGCACUACUGAACAUAACAUCUUUUUUUUCAUAACUAUCAUAUAGUAUGAGUUGGUAAGCUUUGUAAGUCUACUAUUAGGAAUGGAGGUUCUGAUUCACAAAGAUGGACUGAUCUCUCUUAGGACUUGUUGGGACUAACAUUAGUACUACAUGAAUGUUAUUUGUUAAAUGAUUGCUGACAGGGAUACAUUUGCAGCGGCUGACAAAAAGUGUUGUUUUGAUGAGUAGUGGUAUAUUAAAAUGUGCUGCGGAAGUGGAAGUUUUAUCAUGUAACUUUCCAAUAAGAUUGUGCAUUUCCUAGCUGUGGAAUAAACUCUAUUCUUACAUACA